AUGGGUGAUAGUGAGAAGGGCAAGACUUUGGUUCAGAAAUAUGCCCAGUAUCAUAACAUGGAAAAAAGAGGCAAGCACGAAACUGGGCCAAAUCUCCAUGGUUUAUUUGGGCAAAAGGCAGGUCAUGCCCCUAGAUUUUCUUACACAGAUGCCAAUAACAAAGGCAUUACUUGGGGAGAGGAGACACUGAUGGAGUAUUUGGAGAAUCCCAAGAAGUAUAUCCCUGGAACAAAAAUGAUCUUCACUGGCAUUAAGAGAACAAGGAAAAGGGCAGACUUGAUAGCUUAUCUCAAAAAAGCUACUAAGGAGUAAUGGUUGGCCAUUGCCUUAUUUAUUACAAAACAAAAAUGUCUCAUGA